GCGACGAAUCAGGGUCCCUUCGGGAAUCCCUUUUCAACGCGCAGGACAUGAUCCGGUAUAUAGCCAUUUCAGCGUCCCGUCGUCCCCACCCUCUCCUGGUCCCUGUCAGAUAUCAAAUCAGCCCUGCCAGCUAUGAACGGAGUGGACGCAUCCUCGAGCACAGCUGAGCUCAAGAUUCACUUCAUCGUGGUCGGAGCAGGCGUCGCUGGCCUCGCAGCUGCUUUCGCUCUUACGCGCGUUGGGCAUCGCGUGACGGUUCUGGAGAAGGGCGAUGGCAACUCGAACCGGGGUCCUGGCGGCGUUCGUAUACCGCCCAACAUGUCCAAAGUGCUCUUCCACUGGGGCUUGAAGGACAUAAUGAAGGAGGUCGGCUUGACGUCGCACCCUCUCCUCUUCUCGCAAUACCAUACGGGGCAGCUCCUUGGUGUGCAACAAUGGGACGACGAACUGCUUAGAGAGACUCGGGGAGAGUUCAUGCUCAUGACGCAUGGCGACCUAUGUCAGAUGCUCCACGAAGCAGCGGCGUCGCAAGGCGCCGAGAUUCGGUACAACGCGCAAGUGGUCGAUAUCGAGCCUGAAGAUGGCGCAGUGAAGCUGGCGUCCGGGGAGGUCGUGCGAGCAGACCUCAUCAUCGGCGCUGAUGGCGAGCGGGGCAUGUGUCGACGCAUGGUACUUGGACGUGAAGAACGCAUCCAGCCUUCCGGGAUGGCCUUGUUUGAUGCACAAUUUGGCUCCGAAACUGCAACAAAAGACAUGUCGCCGGAAGAGAAGCGGCUAUUAGAAAAAAAUCCUGUAUAUUGCGCCAUGGGGAACGGUUGCGGUUCCACGGGAUACCCCAUUGUUCAGCAACAAGGCCGUGAAAUCGCCUUCCACCAUUUCUUCAGAGGAGACUUCCCGGUGGAGGGUAGCUACAGCGACCCACCAACGGCGAAGGCGGAGCUCAUCAGCCUCCUGCCCACCGAGAUAGACCCGAACUCGAGUUUGUAUCACUGCGUGCAUGGUGCCGAUCGUGUCACCCGUGUGGCCAUCAACGUCUACGAAAACCUCGAAGACUGGGUGCACGAGAGUGGGCGGCUACUCGUCAUAGGGCAGGCAGCUCACCCCAUCGCGUCCGGUAGUAUUCAGGUCACUGCGAUGGCCAUCGAAGAUGCCGCAGUCCUGGGAAAGCUGUAUCACCACCUGACUAUCCCCGAACAAGCGUCCGAGUUCCUCUACGCAUUCCACGAUCUCCGGAGGCAGCGCUGUCAAGAUGUACUCGAGGGCGAAGUGUCCAUGGUCAGUUUGAUCACCAUGGAGCACGGCCCCGAGCAGGAGAAGCGGGACAACGGGAUGCGAGCGAAGUACCGCGCCGGGAAGAACGUCCUCGAGGGCGACGACACGGGCGGCGGCGAGGGCGAACAGUGGGUCACCAUCCGCACGAUCUUCGGCUACGACUGCGAGGACGAGGCCGACAACUGGUGGUUCCAGUGGGGCCUGCUGCGCGCGCGCGCAAACAGCGAUGGCCAGAACCGUCAGUCCCAGAUGGGCGUAUUCAGCUGGGCCAACAUGGGCAUCCAGUCUGUGAACGAGACGACGACAUGAGCGCGAGGCUGCGCUGCCACGACUCGCUAACGCCUCUGACUGCACAUGCAUAUACGGGAUACAUGCAUCUAUGGGAUCUAUGCUGCCAUCGUCUUCGUCGUCAUCGCUAUCGUUA